AUGUGGCUAGGACUAGCUAUCACGCAUGGACUCCUGUUGACAUUUAUAACGAUCCUCCAUCGAAACACUGUUAACGCUGAAGCAGAACAAACAACAACCCCAACUAUCGUUUUAUCGACUGUUACAAUUAAACCUCGUUUAAACGUUUCACUUCCAUCAUCAGAAAUACUAAACAGUAUGUCAUCAAAUGCCAAACUGGUGGCAUCCUGGCAUCAGAAGGCAGCGUUGAAUAGUUUCAGUAACACACCAAAUUCAAUUAUGGAUGUACAAGCUUCAAGUGCUACCAUAAUUCCGGCCAAGGAGAGAAAUAAGAAUGGUAAACAUAAAUCUACAACAUCUGUUCAUUCAAUCACCUUAGUAUCUUUAAACCAUGAACAAUCUUCAGCUACGUUGGGCGUGGAUGGUAAAACAAAUACCUCAGUCACUGAAAACACAAAUAUGACAGACCCUAUGCCUUGGGAAAAGUCCAAAACAAAGAUGCUUACUACGACUCCUGUGAAGUCUAGACAAUCAUCAUUGGACUCUACCACGGUUAAAAUGCCUCCAAAUUCAGGAAAGACCCAAUUUAUCAGUAGUGCCACCUGGACUGAGAAAGCACACAUGAAAGCUAAUUCAACGACAGGAAUUUCAUCGUUUAAAGAAAAGCAAGCGAACAAGACCUCAGUUUUGGAACCUAGUUCAUCUGAUCAACGCAGUAUAUUUUCAUCACCAAUCGUUGACAUGACUGAAUUGUCCCGCAGGAAAAUGUCUAAAGGUAGAACUAACUCGACAAGAAAUGAUACAAUGGUUCGGCAUGGCAUCACUGCUAUUGCAAACCGCACAAAGAUGGCAAGCCACAUCUCUAUAUUGAGUCAAUUUAGCAAAAUUUCCAGCAACCAAGCGCACAUUGCCGACAAUUCUACGACAUCAUUCUACAACACAAUUACCAACCGCACGGAAGAACUUCAAAUGUCGCCUUCAAUAACAAUGGUCAAAAAACCUGAAGCAAAUUACGCAAUCCACGCAAGUGGCUCGACCAAUUCCAUUAGAAAUGUUCAAAUCUCCGAAACAAUUGCAGAGAUAAAACCAAGCGGCAUAACUUUGUUUGCAGACACGAAAAUUCAGUACAGCACUCAGGUCUCUACCAGACUAACACCCUCACCGACAAAGCUAAAGGUACAACAGUUUUCUGUCACUAUUAAAAUAACAUCAGAAACGUUUAGAAAUGAAUACAUAACAAGUGCCAGAGAAUUUAUGCAGAAAAGCAGAGAAAUAAAAGAACAAUUCGACCAAGUGUUCAAAGACAUGGAGGAAUAUUUAUUUACUGACGUUUUAAGGUUCUUUAGGGGAAGUCUUGGUUGUGAUGUCGUCAUACACACUGAAUCAGUUGAAUCCAAACCAGUGUCAAUUGAUAGAAUCAGUAAUACUUUAAAACAGGCAAAGAGUACUAAGGGAGGAUUCGGGAAAUAUGUUGUGGGUGACAUUGAUGUUGAAGAGAAAAAUCCUGACGUGCAAGGCAGGGAUGACGACGAUAACAAAGAAACAUGGGGUCGCAUGCCGAUAACAGCCUUAGCUAACGUUUUAUCGACUGUUACAACUGAACCUCCUUCGAAUGUUCCACUUCAAUCAUCAGUUCAUUCAGAAACCAAGCCCAACACUCAACCAUUGAAAAUGAAAAAUAUAUCUACUUCUAUCAAUACAUUGUUAACCAAUGGCUAUUCAAUAAUUUCGACAGAUACUAAGGAUAUUAUAGUAAAUUCUUCUGCCUUAUUUUAUGCCAGUAAAGCAAUUCCUGAAGCGUCUACAAUAAGAGGAGAAAUACCAACCCGCAUAUCAUCAAGUGCUAAACUGGCAUCCUCGUCCGUUUAUCGUAUUGAAUCGAGCCUCCUGAUGAAAGCGUUCAAUGAUUCCAAGAAAACAGUUGUCUCAAUUAUGGCCGUACAAGCUUCAACGACUAGUAAACAAGAAACCUCCCCCAUCCUAAUUCAUUCGAAGGAGAGAAAUGAGGAUGCUACACGUCGAGUAAUUUUUUCUCAAACGCACUCCGUAUCCAUGGCAAUGGGUUCCUCGAUCCAACCAAAGCACCUGACUGUCAGUUCGAAUACACCUCGUCAAUCUACGAUAUUAAUCACCCUAGCAUCUUCAAACCACGAACAAUCUUCAAUUACGUUGGGCCUGCAUGGUAAAGCAAAUACCUCAGACACUGAAGAGAAAAGUUUUACAGUCUCUAUGCCUUGGGAAAAUUCCAAAAUAAUGAUGCUUACUACGACUUCUGUGAAGUCAAUGCAUCCAAAUUCAGGAAAGAGCCAAAUGAUCAAUAUUACCGCCUCGACUGCUCCCCCGGAAUCCAAAUCAAACCGGGCUAUUGUCGUUGUAACAAAAGAAAAAAAUACUUCCAUCCCCUUUAUCAGAGCUACCAAAUCAUUCCCCAAAACUGAAGUAAGUGCAAGCUAUUCCAGAAAUAUCUCUGAGAAAGCACACAUGAAAGCUAAUUCAACAAAAGGAAUUUCAACGUCAGAAAUAAAGCAAGCGAACAAGACAGCAGUUUUGGAACCUAGUCCAUCUUUGGUGUCAAAACAGAAAAGGAGUGAAAUCAAGGUAGUAUUUACAUCACCUGCCGUUAACAUGACUGAAAUGUUAUACAGUAAAAUAUCAAAAGGUAGAAUCAACCCUACAAGAAACGAUACAACGGUUCAACAUAGCACAUCAAAAAGUGGAUUGCUUGCAAACAACUAUACAUCGAAAAUGAAUUCAACGAAAGAAAAAAGACCUGAUAAAACAACUAAUCUAGAGAAUUUCAUCACGUCAAGCCCUGUUGAAAAGUUGGAUUCCUUAAACAAAACUUUGAUUCCUACUCCGGUGCCAUACAUAUCGUUAUUAGAACGGUAUGUAUCUUCUGACAUGACUGCUACUGCAAACCGCACAACUAUGGCAAGCCACAUCCUUAUGUCGGGUCAAUUUAGUAAAAUUUCCAGCAACCAAACGCACAUUGCGAAAAAUGUUACGACAUUUCGCAUGAUUCAACCGUCCACGAUAAUUCAGUACAGCACUCAUGUCUCUACCAGACCAACAUCCUCACCGACAAAGUUUAAGGUACAACAGUUUCGUGUUACUAUUAAAAUAACAUCAGAAACAUUUAGAAAUGAAUACAUAACAAGUGCCAGAGCAUUUAGGCAGAAAAGAAAUGAAAUAGCAGAACAAUUUGAUCGAGUGUUCAAAGACAUGGAGGAAUAUUUAUUUACUGAAGUUUUAAGGUUUUUCAAUGGCAGUCUGGGUUGUGAUGUCGUCAUACACACUGAAUCAGUUGAAUCCAAACCAGUGUCAAUUGAUAGAAUCAGUAAUACUUUACAACAGGCAAAGAGUACUAAGUGA